AUGGGCGACGGGAUCCCUCCCGCUUCGGCGUUCAAACUUCGCGGAGAUGCCAAGCUGCAAUACGUCAGGGAGCUCUUUGACAGGAUCGCCGAUCGCUACGACUUCGUCAACGUGAUCAUAUCGAUGGGGCACUCCACGCUGUGGCGCUGGCGGGCGCUCUGGUUUGCUGGGGACAUGCUGCCCGUUGGCGCGCGUGUGCUGGACGUUGGAUGCGGCUCUGGUCGGUACGGAGCUGAAGCCACUUGGCCAGCGCACACCUUUGCAGUCGCAUGCCCCUUGCUCCCACUGAGGACCCGGCAUGCCAAAGUACUUGGCCCGCCCUUCUGA